AACAAACCACCGAAAGACUGGUCUCUGCCUCCACGCAUAACUGACGAUUCUGUUGCUUACAUCGAAUACACAACCGAUAAGGAAGGAAGCGUUAAAGGCGUAUGCGUAACUCGACAAGCCCUGCUUUCACAUUGCAGGUGUUUAUCGACAGCGAUGGGUUACUCGAGCUCCGAUACGAUGGUUUCAGUACUCGACUUUAAACGCGAAGCUGGUCUGUGGCACUCCAUCUUAGCGAGUGUCUAUGUUGGUCAGCGGGUGAUCUUCAUUCCGUAUUCGUUGAUGAAAAUCAAUCCUGCAUCGUGGAUGUUGAUGGUUACCAGGUACCAAGCCAAAACAGCUUUGGUAAAGUCGCGUGAUUUACACUGGGGUUUAUUGGCGACUCGUGACCAUAAGGAUAUCAAUUUGUCCACGCUGCGCUCGAUUCUGGUUGCCGAUGGUGCGAAUCCAUGGUCACUGUCAUCCUGCGAUCAGUUUACUUCCGUGUUCCAGUCGCGUGGCCUGCGACCCGAUCUAGUGCGCAGGUUGGUACAUCUAUUCAUAUGUUAUAGGCCGUCGUCCACCGAUGAAUGUUUGCGGAAUUCUGGUCGCGGUGUUCUCUCGAUGUCUGCUUUGAGUCAUUUAGUAGUUCGUGUGGAUCAGGAGAAUUCCUUGACAUCUUUAACACUGCAGGAUGCUGGCCAAGUCGUUCCAGGCGGUGUAGCUGUUGUUGUGAAGCUUUCCGGUCCACCGAGGUUAUGUAAAGCGGACGAAAUUGGUGAAAUCUGUUUAUAUGCACACAGUACAGGCUCAGCAUAUUGGGGUCUGGACGGGUUGUCGGCUAGCACUUUCAAGGUAGAACCGUUGGGAAUCGACGAUAAACCGCUUGGACCAAUACCUUAUAAUGGAUUGGUAUUUAUUGUGGGUAAUCGCAAUUCGCAGAUGUAUGUCUCCGGUCGCCAGCAUAGUGCGGAUGAUCUCAUUGCAACGGUCGACUUCACUGAUUACUUAAUAUAA